AUGGCAACGGUUAAUUCCACCGAAGAAAUGACUAAACCACCUAUAAGUUACAUAGCAUUAAUAACAGAAGCUAUACAAAAUAGUCCAGAUCUAAAAUGUUCUUUAAAUGGUAUUUAUCAAUAUAUUAUGGAUCAUUAUCCUUAUUAUCGAGAAAAUAAACAAGAAUGGCAAAGAUCUAUUCGACAUAAUUUAUCGUUAAAGGAGUUUUUUGUUAAAGUUCCACGAGAUGAUAAACAACCAGGUUUGUUGAAUAUUGACAUUCGAUUACCGAACUAA